UCCGCGCUCAGCCGUUCCAUCGUUUCAUUUCUGACAGCCUCACAAUCGGAAUAUUUGAAGCGAGUACUUCUUACUUAGUGGGCGUACCUAGUGGUGACUUGAGGAUCCGUGUGUGCGCCCUCAUAUCCUUCUACACUGCCUCCUCAGCCAGAGUCAUAUGUUCAGUAGCUUUGCCUCGGAUCAGGAUCCUACAAAGCCGUCUGCGCGCGAUUCCGAGCCUUGAUGUCCGGCUAAACUGCCAUUGGAUAUCGGCAUUCUUUAAAACCAUGAUUUGAACUUCAGCAUCGAUAUCUAGUAGAUUUCUAUUCUUAUCCGUUAUUUUCUCUAUACACUCUAGGUCAGCCGAGAUCAAGAUGACUAUGUCAUUUGUCCGCGCCAUAUCCCUCAUCUUCGUCCUGGCUCUCAGCAGCAUUGCCUACAAGCUAUCUGAUACCGGCGUAGAUGGAGCGUCGCUGUUACGAGAAUGUCCAAUAUUCUUCACUGCAGCCAAGAAAUGCGACCCAAUUGCGCCGAAAAGUUUCCUGCCUGCCGAUGUUAUGAGCGUCGCAAAAGACAAAGACAAGGGAUCUCACUCACCAAACUUCAAUGUUUUGGCCGACAUUUUAGACGCCAUGCAAGUCAUGCAGACGGAUUAUUUCGCACCAUGGCUCGGAACUUGGCCUGAGGCGAUCGACUGGACCGCUGCCGUCAUGGGAACUCACGUCUCCGGUGCCGUGCGCAGCCUUUCCGAAGCUAUCUUCCACUUCAACUCGGAAUGGGAAAGUUUUGUAGACUGGAAGUUGCAGACAAAUCUGGUCGAUAAGUACUUCGCCCAGAUCACGGCUUACUAUUUUGGACAAGACGCUUUUGCGAUCCGGAACGAGGCGUAUGACGAUAUCCUCUGGGUGGUACUCGGCUGGCUCGAGACCAUCCAGCUCGUCAACGUUCAUAGCGACUUGCAUUUCAAGUCCGAUUUCGAAGACAAGGUCUCUACGCCUGAGGUGGAUAGUUUCCCGAGGCUCAGUUACAUCUUUUUAAACCAGACAUAUCAUGGAAAUACAUGGAUUCCUGCUUUUGCUCACCGUGCUCGCGUAUUCUGGGAAUUGGCAUCAAACGGAUGGGACACAAAGCUGUGUGGCGGAGGAAUGGUAUGGAACCCGCGUCUGUUACCAUAUAAAAAUGCAAUUACCAACGAGCUAUUUAUCGCUGCUUCUAUAUCGAUGUAUCUAAACUUCCCUGGCGAUGACAACCCGUCACCGUUCUACGGUCCUAGAAGCACAGAUAAUUCCGCCCUCCACACACGCAGCGGUCCAAGAGACGCGAGAUACCUGAAAGCUGCUGUGGAAGGUUACAGAUGGCUCGCCGGCUCUAAUAUGACGGACAAGCAGGGCCUAUACACGGACGGAUUUCACAUCAGUGGGUAUCAAGACACGGGAAACAACAACACGAAAUGUGACCAGCGGAACAAUAUGGUCCUGUCAUACAACCAAGGCGUUCUUCUCACUGGGCUUCGCGGGCUCUGGGAAGCGACAGGCGCCUCAUCAUACCUCUCAGACGGCCAUAAGCUGAUCCAAAACGUGAUUCGGGCAAGCGGUUACGACCUCGCCUCGGAUUCGCCCAUUGACGACCUCUUGAUGCUCCAACCAGGUCAUCUUCCAAAAUGGCACGGUCUAGGUCGCGCAGGCGUUAUGGAGGACCCCUGCGACACGAGCGGGACCUGCAGCCAGGACGGACAGACCUUCAAGGGCAUCUUCUUCCACCACCUAGUCGGCUUCUGCGCGCCUCUAGUUGAGCCAUCCCCUUCGCCCGACUCCACCGUCAACACCAAGAUUGACGGGCGCGCGUUCGCGGCAGCUCGUGACUCGCACGCGGGAGCCUGUGCCGCGUACGGCGGAUGGUUGAGGCACAACGCGCGCGCGGCGCUAGCCACCCGCAAAGACGGCAAGUUCGGGCAGUGGUGGACAGCGGGGCUGCUGGACCGCUGGACCGGGCCCUGGCCCAGCAUGGCGGACGACGGGGUGCCGCACGCGACGAACGGCGUCGAUUACCGCAACUACGGCGUCCCGAACGACACGACGUGGCGAGCGCAGCCUAGCGACGGAGUGCCGUCUACGGAGCCAGAUCAGGCGCAAAAGCCGCUCGCUGGCAUAGGCGAGCUUAGGAAGCGACAGGAGAUGCAGGCCAAUGAAGCGGAUGCGGAGGCGAACACGAAAGAUCCGAAUACGCGCGGGCGCGGUAGGACGGUUGAGACCCAGGGCGGUGGAUUAGCGCUUCUGAGGGCUUAUUGGCAGAUCGUGCAUGCGCCUUGAUCGGGCAGCGAUGCACGGUCGGCGAUGCAUCCUAUUGGGUGUUGGAUAGAGUGGUGCCGUCGGCUUAUAUGAUAUUCAUCAUAUGAUACAUUUGAGGUGUGAUCUUUAGAUCUAGAAAGGGCAAAUAUAGGGGUUAGGAUAUUCUUUUGAAUUUCUAAACCUUAAGAUAUGUAUAUAAAGAUGGAAAAGAAGAUAUGGCGAUCUUUUACGUUGAUCUAUUCAUACAUACCUAUAUAUAUAUCAAUACAUAAAAGCACGGCAAGUAUCUCAUAAUAGGAAGUGUGUAUAUG